CAUGCUAGAUUAUUUUACCUAUUUUUCUUGUGUCUUUCGUUUCCAACCCAUUGAAAUCCUAAUGUUGGUGUUUUUCUUUUUCUUUUUCCUUUUGUAGAUAAAGAAUUGACCAUACUUCCUGCUCUGUCGUACAAUAGUGAACAGAAUUUGAAGAAAAUUUUAGCAAUCCCUGAAAAGCAACGAAGUUUGAAGAAAUUGCUGGAGGAAUCAAAUUUGACUUCCAGUUUUCUUUGGAGCAAAGUCGAGGAGCGUAGUGAAGGUAAUCUUCUUAUUGGACCGGAUAGUCGAAUUCCUGUUUUUUUUUGUUGAAGCGAGCUUUAGAAUUGAUUGGUAUCGAGUUUAUUCUUCUUAAUCAUUUGACAGAAGAAGAAUGUAAUCUAGCGGAUAAGUUUUCGAAAAAGAUGUCAUUCACAAUGCCUUCCGGUCCUGAUGCCUUGGAAAAAGCCAAGAAGGCAGCGAGUAAGAAGAAAUGUCAUUCGUUGGCUGUAGAGCCAUCAAUAAACCCCGUGCCCUCAAAGAGUACUGCUCCUUCAAAGGCCAUCGACGGGGGAGGAUCAAGCAAGAAGCCUAGGGUUGAUUUUGAUGAGGAGGAAGAAAAUAUCUCUGUCAUUAUUCCAAAGAAUACUUGUGUGUAUUCAAACCCUUUGUCUAUUGAGGGAUAUGUCGAAGCCCUCUUGUGUCCUCGUGAUGAGACUCAUUUGAAGGAAAUGGGAUCCAUCGAGUCAUCCAAUGAUUUGGUGUCUGGAGCCUAUCGGAUGCUCUCUAAUGUGAUUGAUAUUCGUCGAGACCAUCAACGCCUCGCAAGGGAAAACCGUGAUCUUAGAAAGUCCAACACCAAGCUUCGGUCGGGUCUUACGAAAGUUGAUGAGAGGCUUAAGGCAAGUAAGGAAUUAAACGAAGACUUGAAGAGGCAAUUAAAGGAUAAAGAGAGCGAACUAGUUAAGGAGAAGAAGAAUUCCAAUGAUUUAUGUGCUCAGCUGGAGGACAUUGCGGUGAAGCCCAUGUGGAAAGCUCGUAAAGAACUAUUAACAGAGUUCAAAGAAGGCAAGUCUAAGGAUUGGAAGGUAGAUGAAGAGUUGGAACUCUACGUUGGUAUGUUUGAGGAUGAGGCUGGCCUUGUCGAUGGGGGGUCUAUUGGUCCUAGGUUUUGUAUGGGUUUUCCUCAAGAUGAGGAUGGGGGCAACUAGAUUGUUGGACAUGCCGUUGGGGAUAUUAUUGAGCAUCAGUUUAUUGUUGAUUCUGAGGUGACUUAGUAGUAUGUCGAGUGUUGUUUCUCGGUUGGAUGAUGUUUAUUUUGUUAACACCUAGUUUUUUUUUUAUUUUUACGCUUUGCUCUUUUGUUGGUUUAACAUUGUGAUGUUGAUUGUUGAGCCUUUUGAAUGUUGAAUUGUGCUCUCUAUUGUAUUGUUGAGGUUUUUUUUUAUGUUAAACCAUGCUUUUCACUACAGUUGAAUGUUGGUAGUCAACUGUGAUUGAUGUUUAAUGAAUAUCAUACAAAUUGACCAAGCAUAAAGUGAUUGUGAUCACGGUCCUCUGCAGGAGGUAUGUGAUUAUUUUAGAUAGCACCAUUGGUAGUAUUCUACAACGAUAUCAGACGUUAGGCGACAAACAAUAGCUAUUCAUCAUCCAUCUGUCAGAGAUCCAUUCAUUGGUCUGAGGACCGUCGAGUGUCGAACAAUGCCUAUUUAUGGCCAUCCAUCCGACUGGUGUCCACCAUC